GUAAAAUGCAACCUUUCUCCCUCACUCUGAAAUUUCUUGUUUUCUACUAGUGAAAUACAGUGUUUUUUAUUAAGAAAUAAUGCUUUGUUCUUCUUCUUUUCAAAGUGUAGUAUUGAAGUGAUUGUAUUGUCAAGCAGAUUCUUCAAUGGCUGAUGGGGCUUGGCCAAGGCUAUACAACUGCUACAAGUGCCAGAACCAUAUAUGCUGUCAUGAUGAUAUUGUCUCUAAAUUUUUUCAGAAUGUUUUGCAUAUGAAUCUUGAUGUGCAUAUAGACGUGCACUGCCUGGAAGCGAUCCAUGUGGCUGAAAGUGGCAGAGCCUUUCUGUUCUCUCAUGCAAUAAAUGUGGUUCAAGGGCCUAAAGAGGACCGGCGACUCAUCACCGGUCUCCACACAGUUGCUGAUGUACACUGCAGCGAUUGCGGGGAGGUGUUGGGUUGGAAAUAUGUAAAAGCUUACGAACAGUCGCAGAAGUACAAAGAAGGGAAAUUUGUGAUUGCAAAGUUCAAGAUUGUCAAGGCAAACUGGUAGCAAGGAGCAGUUGGUUUUGUGGAAUUCACUUUGUUUCAUUGUUCAUACAUUAUUCCAUUCAUCAUGUACAAAGAAGUCCUUUUCAAUUGAUUAAUUAUAUGCUUUUGUGAGUAAAUAAUCAUAUCCCCAGUUCGAUAUUUGUGCUUGAGCUGGAAUAUUCUCUCUUUCACCUAAACUUAAGAUAGUUGGUUA